AUGACGACAAGGCUCGUUGCUAGUGAUCGAUGCGUGAGGGAUGAGGAUGCAGGGACGGAAUUGGGGAAGCGAUUUGUUGAAGGAUUGAAGGAGAAGUUUCUUAGGAGUUCGCCGUCGAAUUUGUGCGAUUAUGUUCCGAUUUUGAGAUGGAUUGAUUACGGAAGGGUGAAGAAGAGUAUGGUGAUUUUGCAGAAGAAGAGAGAUGAGUUUUUGCAGGGUUUGAUUGAUCAGAAGGCCAGAACAGAGAUUGACAACCAAGUUGGACAUAGGUGUUUGCUAGAUGACUCGAAUCUUUCCAAGCUUCCCUUUCUCCAAUGUGUCAUCAAUGAAACCCUAAGGCUAUCUUCUCCUGUGCCGCUUCUAUUGCCACAUUAUUCAUCUGAAGAUUGCAUUGUUGGGGGAUUUGAAGUACCUCGCGGUACGACUCUGUUGGUGAAUGCUUUGGGCUUGCAUAGGGAUCCUAAGGUUUGGGAAGAGCCUGACAAGUUCAAGCCGGAGAGGUUUGAAGGGGGAAGAGAAGGAUUCAAAUUUGUUCCAUUUGGAAUAGGGAGGAGGGCUUGUCCAGGUGCCAACAUGGGUGUGCGGGCAAUUUCCUUGGCUUUGGGCUUACUUAUUCAAUGUUUUGAAUUGGAGCAGGUUCGAGAAAAAAAGAGCUUGAUCAUAGAUUCAAAACCUCCGCUCAAGGCUGAAGCUUUAGAGGUUGUGUGCAUUCCAAGAAAAAAUGCACUUGAACUCCUCUCUCAAUUUCAAAAUUGA